AUGACUCAUGUACCAGUUUAAUUGUUUGACCUUAUUAUUUUCCGAACGAUUUUGCGUCUUGUGGAAAAGUAUCGAAAUUCGAAAUAUGUGAUAAUUGAUAUAUCGGAAUUGAUUGUAAAGUUGGAAUUUUAUGUUAAAAGAUAAGUACAUUUGUGAAAAACUUAGAUAUUCUAUAGGAUACCAGUGUAUGUAAAUAUACUAUGCAGGGUGUGAUCGGGCUUUUAGUUGGCGUUGCAGCAGUAUUUGCGUUUUCUGCAAGCGGAUGGCUUUACUCGCCAGAUGAGAAAGUGUCGGUUAUUGAAGCCAGAAAUCUAGUCAACAAAUUGGUGGAACAGAAUUUCGAAUAUUAUAACCAAAGAGCUAUCAGAAAACAGAUAACGGAAUGUCUCAGGGACAGUUAUCAAUAUCUAGCUAUGAGUAUGUAUUUCGACCAAGCAGAAGUAGCACUUCCAGGUUUCCAUAAGUUGUUUAAAGAAUAUUCUGACAGAGAGAUGUCAAAUGCUGUAAAAUUGAUGACAUAUAUGAACCUAAGAGAAGGGUCAAAUAAGUUUAUAGGAAUCCCUGAACCAAAAAUUUCCUAUGAAUGGCAUGAUGGAGAAACAGCAUUAAUUUCAGCUUUAAGAAUGGAACAUAAAGCUAAUACCAAGUUCCAAACAAUAAUACAACUAGCAUUGGAAAAGCAUGAUCCACAUCUAAAACAGUUUAUAGAAGACAACUUCCUGGACCAAAAAGUUAAAGUUAUUAAAGAACUCGGAGAUAAAGUAACACAGCUUGGAAAAUACAGUUCAGAAGGGAAAGGACUUGGGUUACAAAUGUUUGACAACACUUUACUUUAAUCUCUUGUGCGCUAUUCAGUGUAAUACAUACAAAAAACUGUGAUAUUAUCUCUAUGGAGAUUUGGUGUGUACUCAAAUGAAUAAAUUGAAUCAAAUUAU